UAAGAGCGCUGCUAAAUGACUCAAAUGUAAUUCUAUAAGGUGGUAUACAAUAUUGUAUAAGACAGGUAUGUAUGUUAUAAUAUAUGUUGAUCCUCUGUGUUGCAUCAUAUCUUUCAUUACUUACUGUUUUCCUCAAUCACGCGUACAAUCAUUUUUGGGAUCUGUGUUGAAACGUAUCUAUAGCAGAACACCAACGAUGAAAUGUUCAAAUAAGUUUUUUGGGAGCUGCAGAGCGUCAAGGCCAUCCUGAAGAGGAGCUAGCUCAGUGGGGCCACGCAGCAGAGAACCAUUGAGGAGCGGCAGAGGAAGUUGGAUGAGUUGGAAGUCAGGGCCUUGUGGAUGGAGAGAGACCCUGGAGAGACAUGUCAUAAACUGAAGCGAGACCAGAGCAGGACCUCCCAGCUGGAGAAGGCUCUGAAAGACAGACUUAAGAUCAGCGAGGAGUCUAAGACCAGGGCCUCCCAGCUAGAGAAGGAGAUGGCAGAUAUGGAGGCCAGGCUGCAGGGCGAGGAGAGCAGGGCCUUUCAGCUGGAGAAGGCUCUGAAAGACAGACUUAAGAUCAGCGAGGAGUCUGAGACCAGGGCCUCCCAGCUGGAGAAGGAGAUGGCAGAUAUGGAGGCCAGGCUGCAGGGCGAGGAGAGCAGGGCCUCCCAGCUGGAGAAGGAGAUGGCAGAUAUGGAGGCCAGGCUGCAGGUCGAGGAGAGCAGGGCGUCUCAGCUGGCCAGAGCUUUGAAAGAGGAGCAGAACGCCUGUGACGAGCUAAGGAGUGAGCCAGGGAAAAUUGAGGAGAAGAAGAGUUAGCUGGAGUGAAACAGGCUCGACGAUCUGCACCCAGCUGAGGAGGGAGAUCCAGGCUAAUGUGAACAAAGUGGAGCAGUGGCAGGCGAAGAGGAUCUCCUUUGAGCAGCUCAAGGCUGAGCUGGAGGGCAAGAUGGCAAUAAUGGAGGAAGAGAAGCAUUUCCGAAAAGAGCCUGGGGCCGGGACUGACCUAUCCACAAAGCUGGUGAAAGCGGAGAAGGAGAUGGGCAGACUCUGGCAGCCCAGCGGCAGUCUGCAGAGAAAUCACUGCUUUGAAGAUUUGAUUGAGAUAAACCAAAGUCAUUUCUUAGAUGCUCAGCAAUAGGUGGGGUGUUGCUGCCUUCAGAAGAAGAUUGACGAGAAGAUUAAAGGCCCAAUGGAAUCAAAAACAUAUAUUCCCUGUGUUUUGUAUUGCAACGAAGUGGCCCUUUCUGGGGGUCGAUCGUGGCCCCCCCCCCUCACCUAAACCCAGGUUUUGUUAUCUCACGUCAUAAAUUCCUGGCACUGAGUGAGAUCAUAGGACUUUACUUGGCCAAACUCUUAAAUCCCCAAAAUGGGAGAAUUAAAAUUAAACCAUUUCUACUUUUGAGAAUGUGGGACUGGUGCGUAGACACUUAAGGAACAAUUAUGACGAGUGUGUUUCACUUGGUGAUCUCAUAAAGGACAGGAAACACACAUAACGGUAUCUUUUAAAGUGUACAUUUCCCAGCUGUCAGGUUUACAUCUAAAUAUUGUGGAAAGUAUGUGAUUAAACAUGAAACUAUUUGUGAAAGAUGUAAUGUGAUAUUCACGCAAUUAAGGGAAUGAACUGGAAUUAUCUCUUGUCCUAUACAGAUGUGGAAGCUGAUAGUCAGGUUUUUCUAUCCACAAUCCAGACUACAAUAAAUGGUUUCCUAAAGAAAAUCAAAUCCAAACCUGG